UUUAAAAUAUGUUGUAAAUGCUGGUUGACACAUUGUUAAUGUUGAUACUCAUCUUCUUUCUUAAAUAAUAAUAAUCUUUGUAGAAAUUAAAACACUAUUGUAAAUCAUUGCCAACCAGCUACCUGAACUAUUUGCUCAUAAACUAGUUACUCACUACAGCACAAAAGGAAGAGACAAGAUUUCUACAACCAGACAAGAGAAGCAAUAAGUUCAAUGAUGAAUUCAUCAAAAAGUCGACAACUCCGGAAAUAUUUUUCUUUGGGUGCAGGUAUACUUGGAUGGUUCUUAGGAGGAGUUGUGUUUGGAUUUAAUGUAUAUGCAAUCUCCCUAAAACAAACGUUUAACUAUACUCAGACUGAACUGGACUACAUAGCAUCAAGUGGUGAUUGGGGAGAAUGUUUCCAGUUUCCAGCAGGGAUUGUUAUUGACAAAUUCGGUCCAAAGGUGACAUGCAGCAUCUCACUCAUUGUCACUACAAUGGGAUUUUUACUAAUGUGGAUGGCUACUGCGUUUAGGAUAUUCUUCAGCUCGAAAAGUUGGCUCGUGUGUGCUUUUUAUUUUCUAACAGGAUUUGGACCCACAUUUUUAGUCAUACCAUCGAUGGUAGUGAAUUGCAAGAACUUUGAUAAAAAACAUUUGGGUAAAGUACUCAGCCUCUUAAGUGGCACAUUUGGGGUUAGUCCUGCAAUUAUAAUUGUUCUUUAUGAAGGAUUAUUUGUACAAGGACACUUUGAGGAUGCAGAGAAUCAAAAGCUAGGAGAGUUUAUGAUGAUGCUUGCUGUACUAUCAGCUUGUAUAAGUGUAUUUUGUGUUGUGAUGCUAAAAACAGUUCCAGAAGACACUCCAUAUGAUGUGAUUGAACAAUCAGGAGAGGCUAUGAAUAAGACAAAUGAUAUACAUAAGAAUAAAAACAUGGAAAUACAUAAAAACAUAAAUGAUAGAACAGCCCUUGUUCCAGAGAAAACAACAAAGCAGAUACCAAAAGAUAUGAAUUGUUGGCAAAUUAUAAAAACACCUCAGUUUUAUUAUGUGUUUUUGAUUUGUCUGAUCAUUAUGGGUAUUUGUAUUUCUGUUGUAAAUAAUCUCACAAUUAUUGUAGAAUCUGCACAGAUUGAUGUAAAUCAAAUAACAUUCACUUUGAUAAUACCAAUUUUUGCAGUAAUAUCCCGAUUAUUUGUUGGAGUGUUACCAGAUUAUAUAUUCCAGAAAUGGCCAUUCAUUCCGAAGUCAUCAAUUCUGUUAUUCUCUUGUAUACUCACCUGUAUCAGUCAAAUGAUCUUCAUAGUUUUUAAUGGAAGUUUGAUUGGUUUGAUAUGUGCUUCUGUAAUGGUAGCCCUAGCAUAUGGUGUUUUGUUUGUACAUAUUAGUAUCAUCACCAUUAACCUGUUUGGUUUGCAGUACUGUGGACAAAACUGUGGUCUUGUGUUUUUAAGUAAUGGAUUUGGAUUGGUAUUAUUUCAAAAGCUUUUUGCUUUGAAUUACGAAACCAAUAGUCCACCCGGAUCACAUAGCUGUUUUGGAGACUUGUGUACAAAGUGGUUUUUUGUUCUGACAUCAAGUUUAAGUUUUUGUGCAGUUUUUCUAAAUUUUUGUCUUAUGAAAAUUGAAAGAGAUCUGCAUCUCCAACAUGAUGAAUCACAAGCCUCCAGCCAUCAGAAAUAGAACUAGUAAAUUACUUUAUUCCAUAGUUAGCAUGAUAUUCAUAGGAUAACAUGUCAAAAUAAAAACGGUAUUUUUGUAAUCAGUGGUAAAGUAUGAUAUUUUUGACAAAUUUUCACUUAACCAUAGCAUACGGUAUUUAAGCCAAGACAGGCGCCGUAUGCUAUGAAUUAUUGAUUUUUGCUACUUCAGACUCAAAACGAGGCUAAGUGUCAACAUCGCCGGAUCGUUUGGAAAGUUCGAAUUAAAUCACUUAUUUUCCGACGAUUCUGAUGAUGACUUUAACUAUGGAAUAAAAAGAACAUCCUAUGAUUUACUCGUGAUAUGAUUUUAAUCCUCUCAUGGAUAUUGAC